AUGGCCGAAACUACUGCUUUCACUCUCACACCUGCUGCUAAAGACCCUGUCAACCAUUAUGCGCAGAACGUAAUCAAGCAUUUUCACCAAAAUCUUGAAACACCUUCGACGAUCCCCCCGCAGUCGGGAGCCAGACCUCGCACCCUCUCGUUCGACGCUAACAAGUAUCUCCGCCCUACAGGGCCGCCUCUGGUAUCAGUCCCUUCUAGCAACUUGAGACAGCAAGUGGGUAUCAUUGGGGGUGGAAUCGGCGGCCUCUACGCUGCGCUACUGCUUCGCGAAGCCGGUAUUCCCUACAUAAUCUACGAGGCUAGCGACCGCAUUGGCGGACGUUUGUUCACGUACAGAUUCCCCCCGGACAGAUACGACUAUUUCGACGUGGGUGCGAUGCGAUUUCCCGAAACGCCCGUCAUGAAGCCGGUCUUCGACCUCUUCAAGCAGCUCAAAGUGAAGACGCUCAAGUACUACUUUGAGGACAAGCUCGGCAACUCAACUCUCUUCUACAACGAUAUCGUCAAGAAGAGGACCGAAGAAAAGAAGAUUUUGCCGCAGGACUUCAACAUUUACGAUUUGGAGGACCGCUGGGCGAAGCUUGGGGUGGAGGACAACAUGUCGAACGUCAUCAAACCCUUCAAAGACCAGCUCAUCAAAGAUGCGAAGGAAGGUUCCGACAAAGGAUGGGAGCUCAUGAUGGAAUACGACCGCUACUCGACCAGGGGAUACAUGUCCGAUCGCCGCAGCGACUAUCGGCUGGACCUGGACGAGAAAAAGCUCAUGCCUUACCCCGUCGAUAUUGUAGAGUGGUGCGAGACGUUCGACGGAUCGUCGACGUCGUUCGAUAGGGCUCUUACGGAGAGCGUCCUUGACAAUCUGGCAUUUAGGUACGACGACCAGCCUACCGAUUGGCACUGCAUCGAUGGUGGAUCUGCCAGACUGGCUGAGACGCUGGCAGACUAUUUAGAGCAACCCGGCGGGCCAUCUCACACGUUAUACCGAAACCAACCCGUCGAAGGCAUCAGGUACAGCGAAGCGGACAUCAUCGGCAUCGUCCAUAACCAGGGCUCAUGUGAUUAUUAUACUCACGUCAUCACCACCACCACUCUUCCCUGCCUGCGCGCCAUGGACCUGUCAGAGGCGGAGCUUGACUACCCACAGAAGAACGCGCUGCGAGCGCUGUACUACAGCUCGGCGACCAAGAUCGGGGUCAAGUUCACGACUGCGUGGUGGCAGGACGAUGUGUUGAUGAGGAGGUACGGCGGCUUCGGGGCCAUCAUUGGCGGCCAGUCAUACACCGACAACAUGUCCCGCAUGAUCGUCUAUCCGUCGUACGCCGCCGAGUCUCAGACACCGUCGACCGUGCUUAUCGCUAGCUACGCCUGGACCGGGGACGCGCUCGCCUGGACGGGGCUCAUGCAGUCUGAGGACCGUAUGAGGCGCAGGCUGCUCGACGAUCUCGCCGAAGUGCACCGCUUCAACGCGGACGGAAGGGAGUUCCUGGAGGGCCAAGUCGAGUCGAUCUAUCCGUACAGCUGGAACAGCGAUCCGAACACCAUGGGUUCUUACGCGUUCUUUGGUCCCGGAGACUUCUCUGACUUGUACCCGCACCUCACGCGUCCUGCCGCCAACGGUAGACUUCACUUCGCUGGAGAGGUUGCGAGCGCACGUCAUGCAUGGGUGGUCGGCGCCCUCGAGGCGUCCAAGCUUGCUGUUUACCGCAUCAUAUACUGCAGCUACCCAGAGAAGCUCGAAGAGUUCGAGAAGAAGUGGGGACUGCCGGAAGCGUGGACACGAGAGUCGAUUAUGAAGCAAGUUGCUGUUACGCUGGAGGGUGUGUAUGCGGACACCCCCUCGCAAGGUAAACAGUAG